CUUACCUUGGCGCUCCGAUCGACAUCAAACCCUACUUCGCGUCCGUCUAAAUAUUUGACAUGACGUAUUUGACAGGCGGUGCGACUGUCUUGUGUUAUUCAUCCCCUCUCCGGCGGAAAAUAAGCCGCGAGCUUUCGUGCGCGAAAGCUCGCAAAGCUCGUGACGGCAGCGGCGGCGGCACGACGCGCAUUCCGAGUCCGGCGGUCGGCGCGCGAGGACGUGCUGCUGAACCUCCCGAACUCCGCACGCACGUACGCGAACCCGACUAUAAGAUAAGCAGACGGUGUUAUCGCUGUGUUUGUUGACUCGUUCCGUGUUUAUCUUGGUUGUGUGGUGUGACGGAAGACGACACCAUCGGCGGACAGCGCGACGAAAGCCGUAAGUGUCGACCCGGUCCGGAUGAAACCCCCGCCAAUGAAGAUAAAGGCGAGGCCUGACGGCCCUAUGAUGACCAUGGACGUGUCCAAGGGCGAGUCGGCCAAGCCCAGUGCCGGCCAGGGACCGCAAGAGUGUGCCGGUUGUUGCAAGACCAUCACCGAGCGGUACCUCCUUAAGGCCCUGGACUUAUACUGGCACGAAGACUGCCUCAAGUGCGGUUGCUGUGACUGCCGACUGGGCGAAGUCGGGUCCACGCUCUACACGAAAGCCAACCUCAUUUUGUGCAAAAGGGACUAUUUAAGACUUUUUGGUAACACCGGGUACUGUGCGGCCUGUAGCAAAGUUAUACCGGCGUUCGAGAUGGUGAUGAGGGCCAGGAGCAACGUCUACCAUCUCGAGUGCUUCGCUUGCCAGCAGUGCAACCACAGAUUCUGUGUCGGCGAUCGCUUCUACCUGUGCGAAAACAAGAUACUCUGCGAAUACGACUACGAGGAGCGGCUGGUCUUCGCCAAUAUGGCGUACAACCCGCCGCCAUUGUCGCACCUUAAGAGGCAGACGUCGAUCCCGCCGGUAAGACCCAACAUCCCGAACCACCUCAUGAACGGGCACCGGGCGCCCCUGCCGCCCACCAACGGCGACCUCAACAACAACAUGUCGGCUUCCGGGGGGCAGCCGCCGCCGAACUCCAUCGCCAACCAGCCCUUCCAGACGGCGGGCCAUUUGAAAAACAGCCCGAUGUCGCUCGGCGCGACAAGCUGAAGGCGAUGACGUCUGUCAUAAACUGUGAUUUUGCGUUGAGACUUUCAUCCUUCGUGUACAUAAGUUAUUUUUUACUGUUUCCUUUUUGAGUAUUGUUUUGUUUCGUUUUGUAUUUUACGUGAAAUGCUCAAUCACUGCGUAUACUUGUAAAACGUCGGAUUCGAUAAGUACAUGUGCAAUAUUGUGCGGAUUUUACCGUUUUCACUCAAUUUCGAUGUAAGAUAUAAAAACACCGUGCUGAAUAUGUGGUGUUGGCAAUUUUGGACGGUUUUUUCGAGAUUCUGUAACGAACUACUCUAGACGAACUAAUUUUAAUGCCUAUUGUGGUCGAAACAAGGUCUUAAGUCUUGUUAGUGAACUCGACAACUAAUUAAGUGCGAGCUUAAAUGGACUAAGACUUUGAAACUGCACAAGAUUUAUUCACAAUGUCGGUUGAAUACAAUUUCUGAAUAAAGGCGCUUGUAUGGAAAUUUAAUGGGAUUUUGAAAAAGUUAUAACAUUAACCGAGAUUACGGUUUAAUCAACGCUGGAAAGGCUCGGCUGCCGAUUUUAAUUGCCGCUGUAAAAUAUGUGACGAGAUAUAGCUUGCGGAUAAGUCUUCUGAGAGCAAAUAGAUAAUACUUUAAUCUUCGUUGUCAUCGCGUUGUGGCAACGCUUCGAAAACAAAGAUAUCGCUGUCGGUUAUGAAACUACUCCGAAGUGAGGUUAUGUUUAACAUAUACCUCGGUUAGACAGAGGGAAUCUUUAUUUUGUCUGAGCUGGGGUAAUUACGGAUCAAACUCCAAACGGGCUUAAAUUCAGGCGUCGAGUGAUCGAACAAGAAGGUGUAGUUAGCCGAAACCGCAAAAUUCUAUACCAGGUAUUCAGUGUCCGCCAUUGUAAUUAGGUUUGAAGUUUGUAAAUAGACAUUGUUAGAAUUAGUAAUUAAUGUUGAUAACGUAUACUAUAUCGAAAACUAGUUGUUUUCAACAUAAAUGUUAAUUAUGAUCACUAUUAUUAUUGCCGUAUGUUAACUCGUUGCCAUUUAUUUUUAUCUUUAUCGUUUCCAAGUGUUCUUUUCCACUGUAUAAACCCCUGUAUAUAUCCAUUAGCGUUGUUUUUGUAACAUAUUAAGACUAGGUGCCAAUUCUAGAUUUUUGUGUACAAAAUAAGAAAAACUUUGUCAGAUGUAUUCGAUUAUACCAAUGAUUUGACCAAAGAAAUAAAUAGAUUUCAUGAGA